UGGAGCUUCAUGAUGGAUGUUCAUCAUGCUUCAAUGCAUUUGACUUUUAGCGUCGAUGCAAACAAAUCCACAAAUCUCAUUCUUGAUUCUCAUGCCAGCCCUUUGAGGCGCUAGACACUCAUCGUACAGGAGGUCGGAGACGAGCCCGAGUGGAAUUGCACCUUGUUGCGACUUGCACGUCCCUCCUCCGACCACAGAGAUUACGUCGACAUUGUGGUCGUCUGAAGCGGCCCCCGUCCCUUGCACCUUCUUGCGAAGUACCAGCCCUUCUACUGACCUUGGAUGAAUGAGCCUGAGCCUUAGGAUGUCAUCUCACUCUGGGCGUGCCGUUGGACCGCACAUAGUCCUCGCAUACAGGCAAGUGCGACCUCGCUCCUUGCUGCACCAGCAAGCCAAGCUGCCCUCCGUCUGCACCUGUGGCCAACGAUCGCUCGCAACGACGCCUCGAUGCAGACAACCUCAAACGAACGAGCAGCCCGUCGCGACAGACUUUUUUGGUCGCAACGCAAAGUCUUCAGCGCAUGCAACAGCAGCACAACAAGCCCUUCGAUCCGCCAGCGAAGCCAACGUUUCACCUCAAGCACGGGCCGCACUGUUGCGGAGCAGCCUGAGCAACGAUGGCCCAUCACAGCUGCAGUCUGCGUUGGAAACGGAGGCUGACAAGCACAGCCCACAAAAAUUCAGCUUGCGUGGCUUCAGCGCCGCGGACCUGUUUGCACAUGUGCUGUCCAAGCAUGACCAGCCCGCGGGUUACAAAGCCACGUUGCGAUCACUCUUCGACGACGAUCAAGAGUUUGCCGAGAUUUGCAGGGCAUGCAAACGUGCUAAGGUCAAUGAGAGCAACCUUCUAGUAUGGCAGCGCGCUGCUCGAUCGGUCAAUUGGAAGCAAGCAAUUGGCUUCAUACGCAGUGCUGAGCUAGAAAAGAGCAUUCCUGGCUUUCUGCUCUGCAGCUUGGCUCCUCUCGUCUCCACUGCAGAAGAGGUCCAAGACGCCUUAAACGUCAUCUUCCUUAACACUGAGUUCGACAAGCGGCAGGAACAUCAAACCAUCGCGUUUGCCAUGGUCGCUGAGAGGGCUCUGAUCGAUAUCGACUCGAAGCGCUUCAUCCCCAUCAUCGUAAAGAAGACGAUGGAAUUCUUGAGCUGUCACCCGACGCCUAUUAGCUCGGGAGGUGUGGUGCAUAGCAGAAAACAUCAGAUCGCGCAUCGUCUGAACAAGUACGGACUCGCAGCGCCCUCGGAGAUAGUGAACCUCUUUCGAAGGGUAGCGAUCGCCCUGACUCGCUCUAAUAGCGAGCAGUCGCGCAGUAGUGCGAUACACUUGCUGGCACCUUUGUCUACCGAACGUCGUUUCAAGGACAUCUUGGUCGCGGUAUGCGAGGUCUACUUGAAUGUAAGCCCCGUCGCCAACGAGCGGAAAGCGGGUCUCGAGCGUCUCACCAGACCUCUGCACCUUGCUCACGGACCUGUCAGCUUGGAAAUGCUGGACAUCAGCCAUCCUGCUGCACGCGAGUCUGGCUGGCUACGCUUGAGACUUGCAGAGGUAGCCAUGGAUCUUUUGAAAGAGUGGUUCGUCGACAAUAGGCAACGGAGACGAGCUGCAAACACAAUGGUCGAGGCUGCUGUCAACGAUGAAGAGUUCGAAGCUGCAGCGAUUUGGAUUGAAAAAGCAAGAGGUUUGAGGAGGAGAAAUCACUCUACGCAAGGACUCAGCCCUACUGCUUUGGCCUGGGAUGUCCGCGCGUACGCUUCCACCAGUCAGUAUGAAAGUGCUUGGCCUGCUUUCGCCAAACUUCAAGAGCGGCUGCGACUCGACUCGGAGCGCCGGGCUUCAGAUGAGAGCUUUGAAGAGGCGGCAACGACGGCUGCCGCUCCUCCUUCCUCGUCCGAUGCUUUAGGCGUCGGGCUGCACCAGCAACCGAUGUCGACGAGCUUCUCUGGCGCUGUUGACAACGUUGAGGAGGCGCGCAUUGUACGUGAAGGCUCGGUGGCAUCCUUCGAGAGUGAAGAUACUGGGCUUUUCGACACGGCAGAGGCCAUCGAAUUCGAUGAAGUGGCAGUAGCCAUUGCUGGGAGCUCUAACAACAAAGCCCAUGACACUUCGACCGCCUCUUCGGCCCAGGCUGAGGAGCGGCCAGAAAAAGACGACGCCGACGAAGCGGCUGCGGAACAGCUUUACACUUUCAAUCGGGGAUCUCGAGGCGAUCUGGGCUUCUUACCAGAAUCGGGCACAUCAUCGCCUGCCUAUGACCUGGCCGCAUCGAUGUCCGCAUACAUUGCUGUCAUCCAUAUGGCUGCAAGACAGCCAGGCAAUGAUCCUCGUGCCUUGUUCCACUGGGUAGGCCUCACUGAGGACAAGGGCGAGUUCUACGAGGAGCAUCCAUUUGCGAGGUUCCCCAAACCGCCCGAAAGCAUUCUGAAGAGUCUGGAGCUAUAUACUGGCUUGAUCAUCAAUUUGGAAUUGGCGCACGGAGCCCAACUGAACGACGUCCGUUUGGUCUGGAAAGUCAUGUCGCGGAACGGAGUUCAAGCGGACCUCAACGCGCUCAUCGUCAUGUGCGCUGCCGAGACUCGGCAUGACAACACACACGUGGCCAUUGCGCGGCUCAAUUCUUGGUGCAAAGCAUGGGCGCGACGAGCUGAGCUGGAACGUCGUGAACUGAAUCGACGUGGACCGCCGCGUAGAGAGAUCAACAAAUGGGACCGGCUUAGACUCAAGGCGAAAUUCUUGGAGGAAGAGCGGCAGGCAAGGGCAGCUCAGGUGGAAUCUGGAAUUCCUGUUCCAGACCCAGAGCUCGACGCAACCGUCACUCGACCAGAAGGACCGUUGAACGCACAUGCGAUCAAUGUGAUAUUGAGAGGUCUGCUCGGCAAGGACCGUCAUGCCCUCGUCUGGACGAUAGCUACGGAACAAGCUCCAACGUAUGGCGCAGCGCUGAACAAACGCUCUCUAGCGCUUUUGCUACGUGCAGCCACCAGAUUGGGCGUCGGCCACUUUCAACAAUACUUGACGGAUGCUAGCAUCUCCAGAAGGUACAGGUCGUGGAUGCCAGAAGAGCAAGGUGCCGAGGUUGCCUUGUGGAAUGCCGAGUUCCCGCCUAGACAAGCAUUUAGCCUCUUCAAAGCCGUCUUGCUCCAGCACCACCCUCAAGUGAAGGACGUGACCAAUCCGCUCGGUUCCUAUGGCACCAAGCUAGGUGCCAACGACUAUGCGGACGAUUUAUCCGAAGCCGAAGGCACACAGUUCGGCACAUUGCUUCGCAUCAUCGAGCGGGCGCAGGAAGGCGGAGAGGUUGCAAGUAUCGAAGGUAUAGCGACCAGAAUCUUUCCAAAAUAUGUUGAGCUAGACCGACACGUCUUUCACGAGUACGUCCUCAUGCUUCGACUUUUGCGAUGGCGCGCCAUCCCAUCUGCGACGGCCGAGACCUCAGCGACGGCAACCAGAUCUGCCAUCUGGCAGGCGCUGGGAUGGAUGCGCGCGCUCGAUAUCCGUCCAAAGUACGCGACGCUAUGCAUCGCAUGCCUCGAGCUUCAACAGGACGCUCUCGACGUGUCGGUGGAGUCGGAAGAGACGAGACGGAAGAGCGCGGCUGGGCAGAUGCACUCUUGGCUGUGCGAAUGGAUCGGACAAGACGAGGUGCCGACUUUUGCGGUUCUGGCAAAGUAUCAAGACGCGCUUGAGACGGUCGAUGUUGCCCGUCAAGAACAAGCCUGGCUCAGACAAAAGGCGGCGUUCGGAAGACGCAACAGGUCCAGGCGAUGAACAUUGCUUUAAACAGCUCUCUUCCGCGCUUCGAAUGUACCUACUGGUCAGCAAAGCGGCAGAACGAAAUCUUCAGCCCCGCAACUCAUCGCAGGUGUCAUUAGCGGGCGAUUGCGUGUCUGCCAGGACUGUGCAGACUCUGAGUCUAGCAUACCUGGCAAAUCCUUCUCAAUCUUCGCAAUUUUCGACGCGGAGGAGUUGUGUGACUCGAUUGCAAUCUGGUGAGCGCGAAUGAACAAUGACACAUGAAAGCAGAGAGCAUCCUGGAUUAAGGAGGGGGUCCUUUCAGGCUCUUUGCUUUUGCCUGGCACCAAUGACCUUGAGCUGCAGAGAGGCUCGGAGUCAGUUGCAAAAUGCAAGGCUUCGAGGGAGUAUCAUGUGAUCUCACCUUGUUGUAGACUUUGCCAGGUGGGGCACCCAUGAUGAGGCUGACGAUUGCAUCUCUAGC